AUGGCAGAAAGUCAAAAACUAUUAGAGGAAAUUGUUCUACCCGAUGAAAUUCAACGGUAUCGAACAGUAUACGAAAAAGCCAAGGAAGCGAACCAAGUGACCGAUCAAAAUAAAUUCUCCUUUGCCUAUUGUCUUGUUCGAAAACUCUACGAUUCAACGAACAAAGAUGAAGACAAACGUGAUUACUUGUAUUAUUUAGCAGUUGGCAAUGCACGGCUGAACGAAUACGAAACGGCUAUCAAAUUUCUGGAUGCUAUUCUUCAUGUUCAGCCUGGAAAUCAUCAAGCCCAAAACCUCAAAGAUGAAAUUACACGACGAAUGACUCGUGAAGGAUAUAUCGGGGCUGGUAUUGCUGUGGGUGCGGGAGCACUUCUUGUUGGAGGUCUUGCUGCUGCUACUAUUGCACUUUUGAAGAAGUAA